AUCAUCAUAGCCGUCUUCGACUCCUUUUCUGUCCCGUAAGGUGUACUUUGCCGGUCAGUUCAAUAUAGCGAAGAUGCUCGCUGCUGGUUCAGUCCUUACCAAGCGAGCAGCGUGCAACACGUGCCCAACAGUCAGCAUACCCCACAUCCGGUCAUGUGCUAUGCCGCAAACUAUCGGAAAUUGGCUUUGCCCGGCAGUUGGGACAUCACAUAGCAACGCAGCCCGAACAUCGACUUUCACCCACGUAAUGCCAUGUCAUCGGAGGCCUGGGCGCGAGAGCAUGACAGUUGCUAGCACCGGGUAUACGCCCUUUGGCGGUGAUGCACGCAUCAAGGUGAUCGGAGUGGGCGGUGGUGGUGGCAACGCCCUGAACCGUAUGAUCAGCAGCGGCCUUCAGGGAGUCGAGUUCUGGGCCAUAAACACCGAUGCUCAAGCGCUUGCGGCUCAUCAGGCCCUGAACAAGGUCCAGAUCGGCACGGAGCUCACCCGCGGACUGGGCUGUGGCGGCAACCCUGAACUAGGGCGUCAGGCUGCGCUUGAAAGCGAGGAUGCUCUUCGGCGGAUGGUGCAGGGCGCGGAUCUUGUCUUCAUUACGGCGGGUAUGGGUGGCGGCACAGGCACUGGAGCUGCCCCGGUGGUGGCCCGAAUCUCCAAGGAGUUGGGCAUCUUGACCGUGGGAGUUGUGACGUAUCCUUUUAACUUCGAGGGCCGCCGUCGUGCCGGUCAAGCGCUGGAAGGCAUCGAGGGGCUCCGCGCUGCGGUGGAUAGCGUCAUCGUCAUCCCCAACGAUCGGCUGCUGGACGUCGCCUCUGCCAGCACCGCCCUUCAGGACGCUUUUGCGUUGGCUGACGACGUGCUAAGGCAAGGUGUGCAGGGCAUUUCCGACAUCAUCACGGUGCCCGGUCUCAUCAACGUUGACUUUGCAGACGUCAAGGCAAUCAUGUCCAACAGUGGGACGGCGAUGCUUGGUGUUGGUGCGGCAUCGACGGCCACGAUAACUCCAGGCGGCCCAGAUCGUGCUGAGCAGGCGGCCAUGGCUGCAACGUCAGCUCCUCUCAUUCAACGCAGUAUUGAGAAGGCAACAGGCAUUGUUUACAACAUCACCGGCGGUCGGGAUCUUACCCUCGCCGAGGUCAACCGGGUCUCUGAGGUGGUGACGGCGCUUGCGGAUCCAUCGUGCAACAUCAUCUUUGGAGCAGUUGUGGACGAGCAGUACGACGGUGAGCUGCAUGUCACGAUCAUUGCGACCGGCUUCGCGCCAACUUACGAGAACGAAUUGCUCAGUGGCGGUAACUCUUCGCAACAACAGGCCCGGCAACAGCGUCGUGCUGCGGUGAACGGGCUCUCCACAUCCGCAUCAGGCGCAGGCGCUAAGGCUGCACCCGGCGGCAUGGGCCCGCCCCCGCAUCCCCCCACACCAACGCAGUCGCAGCCAUCAGUUGGGACCCCUGCGCAAUUGCCCUGGAGCCGUCCCAACCGCGCAAAGCUGGACUUCCUUGGGCGCAGCAUCCUCUAAAGCAGUGUUCUUAGUUGGCAUGGAGUUGCUUGGUUGAUGGUUGUGAGAGGGUGAACGCUGAGAGCUGUUUGACCGCGGAAUGCGGGGCUUUGAAAUUUGUUUACGUUACAGACGAGGAACAACAUAAGACCGUGACCCACCUAUACCAUUCACUUUAUAUAACUGCUUAUACAUUGUUCUGUUUAAAUGUUUUCAGUUGCGGUUGGUCCGAUACCCCAAGAAACCAGGGUGAAAACUCACGUAGCUUCCACUAUGAAAUGUUCGCAAGAGCAAGUUGCUAAAGCAUUCAUGAGUGUUGGAAAGUGCUCUUAGGUACACUCAGGCUUGACACUUCGGUAGUUUGAUUAGUUGCCUAACAAUGAGAGAUGGUGUGGUGAUUAUACUGUGAAGCAUUAGAUCCUGUAAUGUCGAAUGAGAGAG